AAAUGCUUUAAACCCCCAUACGGCUACUAUCAGUCUUGGUUGUGUCGUCCUGGGCUUCUAUGGAGGAAGUGCACCGUCCCAGCCUCAGAGUUUCAGCUGGAAGGAGAUUUUUUGAUAGGCGGACUUUUUGAUGUUCAUCACGUCAGCGCCCCUGUUUAUCACGACAGACCAGAAACCAUUGACUGCUCCAGCCAACCCCUCAUUCUGUCAAGUUAUCGGAGGUUUCAGUUGAUGAGAUUCGCUGUCGAGGAAAUCAAUAAUUCUACCAACCUUCUGCCAAACGUGUCUCUUGGCUAUGAGAUAUUUGACCACUGCUCAGAUACACAGAACAUUCCAGGGAUUUUAGACCUCAUCUCAGUCAAUGGCUCAAUCCAACCUUGGGGUGAACCACACAACAAUCUGUCCAAAGUGAUCGCAGUGGUCGGCACUUAUACCAGCACUGAGACAUUGACUGUGGCCCCACUAUUCAUGAUGGAUCUCCUUCCUAUGGUCAGUUAUGGAGCCGCCAGCUCUGUGUUUUCAAGAAAACAGCAAUUUCCCUCUUUCUUCCGAACAGUUCAUCCCAAUAAGGACGUCGUAGAAGUUAUUGUCAACAUCAUACUGCACUUCGACUGGCGCUGGGUCGCUUUCCUUAACAUUGACAAUGAUUAUGGCAAAGAUGGCCAGGAAGUGUUCAGAAAACUGAUUAGGGACACUGAAAUCUGCCUGGCGUACGCCAAAGGCCUCAACCAUUAUACUGAUUACUCCCAAAUAUUCCAACAGAUAGAGGCGCAGAGAGUUAACAUACUUAUUGUUUUUGCUCCUGAAUGGACUGCUGAAGCUCUCAUUGAAUCAGCAAUACGACUGAAUGUCACCAACAAGGUGUGGAUAGCCGGGGACGCAUGGUCCUUGAACAAGAGGCUCCCCAAAAAGAAAGGAAUCAGAAAUAUCGGAACUGUACUCGGAGUCUCUGAGCCGGCGCAGAAGAUACCUGGUUUCGGUGAUUUCAUCUAUUCUUCCAAAAGCCGGACUCGCUGUGAAGACAAAGAACAGCAGAGGUUCUGUAAUCAGGUUUGCAACUGCAGUGGCCUGAGUGCAGAGGAGGUCAUUGCUGCAGACCCAUCCUUCUCGUUCCCUGUUUAUUCUGCUGUAUAUACCAUCGCUCACGCCUUACACGGUGUCCUGCGAUGUGGAGCUGACACAUGUCAUAACAACGUCACAGUGUACCCACACAUGGUUCUAGCAGAGCUGAAGAAGUCAAACUUUACACUUUUAAAUCAGAAUAUUCAGUUUGACAGGAACGGCGACCCCACAUUUGGAUCCUACUCUAUAGUUUUCUGGAACCACAGUGGUGACGCGCAGGAUAUCGGCUUUUAUUAUUUCCCCCCAUCGUUCCAUUUCUUCAUUAACAUCACCAAAAUUCAGUGGUACACAAAGGGAGAAGUGCCUACUUCGAUGUGUUCCCAAGAAUGUCCUGUAGGAUAUUCAAAAAAGCAUGAUGGAAUCCACAAAUGCUGCUUCACUUGUGAAGUCUGUCCAAAUGGAACAUAUGUCAACAGCACAGAGGAUCCCUACAAGUGCAUCAAGUGUGAGGAGACAGAAUGGUCUGCAGAGGGAAGUACAUCAUGCAGUGUGCGGUCGGUGGAGUACAUCCCAUUCACAGACAGUGGGGCUGUACUGAUCAUGCUCGGGGCCUGGGCCUUGGUGGGCAUCACACUGGCCACGUCUGUUCUCUUUGCCAUGAACUACAACACACCUGUUGUCAGAUCUGCUGGGGGACCGAUGUGCUUCCUGAUCUUAGGCUGCCUCAGCCUGUGUAGCCUCAGUGUGUUCUUCUACUUUGGUAAACCGACAGUCUCCUUUUGUGUCCUGAGGUUGUUACCGUUCGUUUUGUUCUACACUGUUUGUAUGGCAUGCUUUGUCGUGCGCUCCUUUCAAAUUGUUUGCAUUUUCAAAAUAGCUGCCAAGUUUCCCAAGCUCCACGGUUGGUGGAUGAAAUAUCACGGACAGUGGCUGGUCAUCUCUGUGGCGUUUGUUGCUCAGGCACUGUUACUUAUCAUUGGCUAUUCUUCUGGACCCCCCAAGACCUACAGGGACACACUUUGGUACCCAGACAAAAUCAUACUUGGUUGUGAGGUGAAUCUGAAAGCAUUCUCUGGUUCUGUAAUGUUACUUUUAUCCUUCUGCUCCCUUUGCUUUAUUUUCUCCUACAUGGGAAAAGACCUCCCAAAAAAUUACAAUGAGGCCAAAGCGAUAACGUUCUGCCUGCUCCUGCUGAUCCUCACCUGGAUCAUCUUUGCCACUGAAUACAUGCUUUACCAUGGCAAGUACAUCCAGACACUGAAUGCGUUGGCAGUUCUCUCCAGCCUCUACUCCUUUCUGUUGUGGUAUUUCCUGCCAAAAGUUUACAUCAUCAUUUUCCAACGUCACAAAAACACUCAGCAGUACUUCCAAGGUCUCAUUCAGAAUUAUACCAAGACAAUUAGCCAGUAGCAGCUUUCUGUCGUACAUGUGUUAAUGUAGACAGAGGGACUGAUGUGCCUCUGGUCGUCUAAGUACCCUCAUUGAAAUUGUAAUAUUACAUAUGAGCAAUGUAUCUGUUAUCUUUCCAGAGCUUGAUGCUCAUAUAAAUUGUAUAGGCAAGCAAGGGGCCACCCGUUUGUGGAGUUGUGACACAUUGAUAAAGCCUAAAUCAAUUAAUCUUUUGUGAGAGUGUGGAAAGCUUUUUUGUUAGGUAAGUGGAAUAUGUGGGCUACAUCUGAAGCCCCCAGUUUUUUUGCAUAAAAUUAAAACACAUAACUCACUAAGCCAAUACAGUAAUUUAUGAUUAAAUCUUUCAACACAGACA